AUGUGGGCAUAUAUGACUUCAAAGAGAGAGGCAAUUGGCAUGACCCCAUAUGCUCUAACUUAUGGUCAUGAUGCAAUUCUGCCUAUGGAAAUAGCAGUCCAAUCUCUCAGAAUUGCUCAGCAAUUCAAUCUGAUUGGAGAAGACUACUUUCAAGCAAUGCUGCUAGAACUGGAAGGAUUGGAUGCAAGUAGAAUUGACACCAUCAACAAACUCUUAGCAAGAAAACAGGUUCUAUCAAGGGCCUACAACAAAAGAGUUAAAAACAAGAGCUUUGAAGAAGGGGAAAUAGUCUGGAAAGCAGUUCUGCCUCUUGGAACACACAUAGCUGGUUAUGGAAAGUGGUCACCUACAUGGGAAGGUCCUUUCAUAAUUAAGCAAAUCCUUGGAUUGGGGGCAUACAGACUACAGGAUCGAGAUGGAGACAUCCAUGUUGCACCAAUCAAUGGCAAAUGGUUGAAGAAAUUAUAUCCAACUAUAUGGGAUUCACAGGCUGUACGAACAGAUCCUGGAAUAGAAAGGGAACAAAAUGGAACCGUUGUUUAA